UUGAGCUGCGUACAAAAGGAUCAACUUGAGAAAGUGCUUCGAGAACAUCUCUUCGGAUAUAGGGCUAAAAGUAUAAGCGGAACAGUCACACAACUAAGUGAAAUGUCCAGUACGUGUCUCGUGGAAUUGCAACAUUUGCCAACCGACGAAAUUCGAAAAUUUCUUCUGAAUUUUGCAGGAGUUGGCCCGAAGAUAACUAAGAAGUACUACCUCCCGUCUUUGAAAGACUCGAACCCUGACAAACACUUUGAGUCGUCGCCUGAGUGA